CCUAGGAGAGUUGGAAAACCCUGGUUUCAAACCAACGGUUCUUUAAACAAAUACAAUUUCUAACAUCGCUAUGCACGGUUAAAUAAAAGGUAGAGAAGUUCAUAAAAAGCUCUAUUCUUGCACAGUUAGUUGACAGUGGAAAUCUAGUUGAUGUAAAAUUGGUCAAACAAGUUUCGGUUAGAUGAAGGAUAGUGAAAAGUUUAUGUUAUCUAUUUCAGGUUUGCUAGGCUUGUGGUUACACACUAAGAACAUUUCACGGUUAGCGAAGAUAAAUUCUAUUUUACCGUAUGGUUUGAAAACGUUUCAUUAUCAUUUGGCUGCGGCUUGUUUGGGUUGUAUUGCAAUUACACCUUUUAGUGCAAUCGGUGUUUAUCAAAAGGGAUGGCCUUUUGGUCAUUUUGGAUGUCAGUCAUACUCAUUUGCUGGAAUGCUUUUUGGAAUGACAUCAAUUUAUUUGUCCUGUUUUAUCUGUUUCUUCACUAUGGUUGAAGUAUUGAACUUGACCUAUAUCCGUAAUUUCAUAUCUAAUCGAUAUAACUAUAUUCCUUUUGGAAUUUGGAUAAUUGGUGCAUUUUGGGCUAUUCUACCACUCUUUGGAUAUGGCAGAUAUACAUUAGAACCUCAUAAAACAUCAUGUCUAUUGGACUGGACUAAUAUGGAUGAAAAUAUGAAAUUGUAUAUGUUUUCAUUGUUUAUUUUUGGUUAUUUACUUCCAUUUGGUAUCGGUAUUGGGUCACAACAUAAACUGAUACAAUAUGCAGUAUCGAAUGCAAAUAAAAAUAAUAAGAACACUAAGAAGAUUGAAAUUCUUAUAAAGUUGAAUAAUUCCAUUCUCUUAUUCAACAUAUUUGGAUGGUUAUCAUAUGGUUUAUUAGCAAUUCAUUCAUUAAUAUCUGGACAAUUAACUUUGAAUCCAUUUUCAUAUUGUAUUACACAACUUCUGGCAAAAAUUUCACAAGCAUUUUUACCUAUAGCUUAUAGUUAUACAGAAAAACAAAUUGGACAAUGGAAUAAAGUUUAUGGAAAUACGGAAUAGUAUUGUUCUUUGGAUUUCUGAACUCAUCUUUGUGUAGUCACUUUUAUGUUUUAAAGUAGUUAGAUAUAAUAGUAAUCAUUAUAUUGAUGAA